AUGUCGCCCGAUUACGAGAAAGCACGCUUAAAGAUCUAUAAGGCGCACGAUGAAGACCCGAACAAGCACACAACCAGCGACGGGAAAGAGGUACCUUAUGAGACGCAUUAUGCAGAGCAAAUGGAGUCCUACCUAGCGAAACGAGCGCCAGAUGCCUCGGACGUCCUCAAGCUCGCAGUUUGUGGGCAGCAUUUCCGCCGAUGGGAGGUGCCUCGCGACAAAUACCCCAUGACGCGAAUUGGCUACCAUACCUGGCGAACUCACCUCAAAAAGCGACAGGCACAGCUGGUGGGGCAGAUACUUGACGAGUGUGGUUACCCUCUGACUGACACGAAGAGGUGCAUGGCUCUGAUCGAGAAAGAAGGACUAAAGCAAGGCGAGGAGGAAGUGCAGGUGCUGGAGGAUGUCGCUUGCCUUGUCUUUCUGGAUGAUCAGUUCGAUGAGUUCAAGGAAAAGCAUGAUGAGGAAAAGAUUGUCAACAUCUUGAAGAAGACAUGGGUGAAGAUGUCAAAGGAAGGGCAAGAUUUGGCGUUGCAGAUUCCCAUGACGGACGAAUGCAAGGCACUUGUGCAGAAGGCCUUGAGCGGCUGA